UAUGCUCUCGGGUUUAAUUUAAGACUUCCUUUUUUAUUAUUUUGAUCAUUACAUGUAUCGUAUAUGAUUUUAUUUUCAUUCCAGCGUAACAAUUAGUUGUUCUUUUUUAUCAUUACGGAAAGUUGACAUUUUUCCCAGCUAGCUCGUUUCAUCAGCGAAAGUGAAAGUAACACUGUAGUCUGGUCUGAAGGGGAAAACCAACCAGCUUCACAGUAUCCUUCGUCCCUCUAAGUGCAGUCCUUCACUGUACAGAGGAGACCAGAAAGCCAGAGGGAACAUUUACAACGAUGACGAACUUUUCUACCAUUUAUAAACUGUCCCUGGUUGCUGUUACCUGCCUCGUCCACGCCUGCAGCAGCAGCUGUCCAGUGAUGGAGUGCUGGUUCGUGCAGGAGAAGGCGGGUCGGGGUGGAGGUUUAGCCGGGGCAACAACGCAGGAGAAAACCCUGAUUCACAUCAGGAAGGACACACAAAGCCAGAGCGCAGAGUCCCGGCGGGCUCCGGCAGACAUCAACCCAGAGAGAGUUUACACCUUCACAGACCCGGCUGCCACUCUGUGCCAACCGGCUUUCAACCCCCCCAGAGGCUCCGUCGAGAAGCCCCAGUGUGAAGUAAACCCCUUCGUGCCACAGCCCUCCAGCCUCAAAUGGGUGGCCUCCCUCACAGAGUCCGCCCUCAGCCCCAUUUACCUUGAAGCCGAGUGGUUCUCUGCCUCCUUCCACGGCCUCAACCAGCGCCUGGGCGUCUCCACCAUCUCGCGAGCCCCCACGGGCUCCAAAGAGCACGACGGUGCGGCGCAUUUCAGAGCUCCCUCUUUAAACGUUGAAAGAAGGUUUGUGUCUGAGUUGUUCUGGUGGUCUUUCUCCUCAGUGGUCCUGAGCGUGAGCAGCAGAACCAUGUCUGCUCAGGCCAGACUCGGGGAACCCGUCACGCUGGACUGCGGCUUCCGGGCCGACCCCUCCUCGCCUCUUUCCUCCUCGGGUUUCGCUGUGGAGUGGCGCUACCAGUUCAGAGGUGACGGGCGGCUUGUGCUGGCCUACGACGGCACCUCGGACCGUUUGGCUGACACGCUGGAGGAGGGCGCCACCAUGGACUUUGAGGCUUUGCACCAGAGGGGAAACGCCUCCCUGACCCUGCAAGAGGCCAAAGUGCGCCACUCGGGGAUGUACAUCUGCACCGUGUACCUGCCCUACCUGCUGGCUCAGGUGGUGAUGGAGCUGGAGAUUGUCGAACCUCCGUCCCUCUCCAUCCACCCCUCCCCUCUGCCCCUCACUGUGACCGGUCAGACUUUGAGCGUCCAGUGUGAGGCGUCUGGCUUCUCCCCCCUCCCUCUGGAGCUGAGCUGGGAGUUUAAAGGUUCGGAUGGGAAGUCCAGGCCCCUGGGAACAGGCAGCGUGUCGGGCCACCGGCAGGCCUGGGACGGCACCUUCACCCAGAGCACCCGACUGCAGCUCGACACAUCCAAACUGGACCUGGGCACGGGGGGGGAGGUGGUCUGCGUGGCUGUUCAUCCUGGAGGAACACGCCGAGCCAGCGCCACCCUCAACGUCAUCGGGUUCAGUGGUCCGUCCAUCGAGGACUCGAUGGCGAUGGUCGGUGUGGCCCUAGUGCUCUACGGCUUCAUCAAAUUCAUCUCAUGGACAUUUACAAGCUCAGGCUCAAAUACUGCUGAAAAUCAAGAAAAGAAGGAGAAAUAAAGAUGAAUGAAGUCACCUGAAGUUUGUCAUGAAACUGCUGAAGACUUUGAUAAUGGAUGAGGUCUCCAGAUGUUCUGCUGAUGAUUAUUUUCUUUACAGCUUGUCUGGUCUGCGAGUUAGUGCAAGUGUUUGAUGUAAAAACAGUCAUACUGGAUAUUUUUUUUCUCUUUUAUGCAUUUGUGGAGUUGCUAAACUUUCGGUCUUUUCACUGUUUUUGUAUUUCUGACAGACAUGUCUGCAUUUAGCUUUUGUAAAUGUGUGUUUUUAAAGGGAGCUGUUUUUUGGACAUUAGCUCCCUUUGUGUAAACAGGAAAGGUUCAAGAAACUAGGAUGGUUAAAAUGGUUAUUGUGACCUUUAUACUGGAUAAAUGUGUAAAAACAAAAACAAAACAAAUUAUCAUAUAAUGCUUUUCAUCAUUUCAUGACUCUGAUGAAUCUGUGUGUGUAAUAAAAGAGAUCCUAACUUUUAGAUUAUACUGCUGCCCAGACUGACAACCUAAAUCCUGUUUCUGUAAAUAAAAAGAGUUUAAUGAGUGUGAUUUUUUAAAUAUCUUAAGUUAAAUGUAUAAGAAUGGCUCCAACAAAAUAAUUCAAUUAAAUAAAUGUGAAAGACAUGAUAUGAGAAGAGCUCAUUUUUCUGCUGAACCCUGAAUUUAAAUAAAGGUUUAUUAUUAAACAA